AUGGCUGAUGCCGAAGGCUCCUGGGCAGAGCUGAAACGAGGCCUGGGCAUUGACAGCGGUGAUUCUUUGGACAAAGUGCAGGAUGACGUGCUGGAAGCGUUUGAGCGAUGGCGUCGGUCAGCAGAGGGGGAGCACCAUGGGAUCAAGUACCGCCUGAAGACCAUGCUGUUCUCCAGGCAACCAACGCGCGACCGCUUGACCACGGCUAUCCGCAGAGGCAUUCCGUCCACUCUGCGUGGCACGCUUUGGUUUCUCUGUAGUGGUGGUUUGAGCAAGCGGCGGCAGAGUCCGAAAUCUUACGAGGACUUGGUUCGCGAAGGGCACAGUGCAAAGAACACAGUGGCCGCCAGAACUAUUGCCAACGACCUUCCCCGCACUGGAUGUGAGGAGAACCUGAUCUCACCCCUGGAGAAUGUGCUUCUAGCUUAUGCAGUACGGAAUCCCGUCAUCGGGUACUGCCAAUCCAUGAACUUCAUAGUGGCAACCUUUUUGCUGUACUGCAGCGAGGAGCAUGCUUUCUGGACCCUGUGCAGCGUGAUCGAAGAGAUCAUGCCGGAAGGCUACUACACGGACGACCUGAGUGGGCUACGCUCCGAUUUGCACGUUUUCAAUUGGUGCAUCGAGCAGUACCUGCCCCAGCUCUAUCAGCACUUUUGCAGGAAUGCCAUCGAUGCUGCUCCCAUUUUCAUGAACUGGUUUCUCUGCUUGUUUGUCAACACCCUGCCUCCAGAACAUGCGCAUCGCGCUCUGGACUGUGCUCUGCAUGAAGGGCACAAAGCGCUCUUCCGCAUAGGACUGGCGAUUCUGGCCCUUCGGCAGAAGGAGCUCCUGGGCACUAGCAAUGUGGUUGAGGCCUAUGCCUUUCUUCGCCAGCCCUUCGGAGAGGAUCUCCAGGUGCCCAGCGAUGUUUUGAGCUUUGUGGACAUCUCGUCUAAGCAGAUGCUGGACGCUGCAUAUGGCCCGCUGUUCAAGAACUUCAGGUCGGCACAAAUCGCAAAGAUCCGCGAGAUGUGCGUUGCGCGUGUGAAAGCCGAAGACGCCGAGGCCGCCGCCAGGAAGAAGGCCUGGGCGGACCAGAAUGCCAAGAUCAAGGAGGAGCCCCCUUCCCCUGCAUCGCCCGCUUCAGCGCUUCCGCCGAAGGGCAAGAGUGGCUACCUCAGUGCGGGCCCGGAGGAAUUGCGCUCCGCCGCACGCGAGGAGCUGCCCGAGCCUCCGCGGAGCACACCGCGGGCGGCACAGCAGCGGCCGGAGGAGGUGCAGUCUUGGCUCUCUUUCGUGCGAACGGGAAGUGCCCCAGAGAUGUCCAUGGACACCCUGGAGGAGGCCAACAGCUCAGCGGGCAGCCCAAUGCGCAAGGCUGUUACUGCCGCUCCCCAGGCACCUCCAGUGAUAACACCUGUUGCUACGCCCGUGGCGGCAGCUGUCGUGGCGCCUGCAUCUGUUCGGCGCCAGGUUGUGGUCAACCACUUGCCGCAGAAGGUGAUCUAUCCCAGCCCCGCAAGCCAUGGACCGGCGAGGGUGCUUUUCGCCAACGUAUCGCAAACAAACAGCGGUGUGAAGUCAGUCCGCAUCAGCGCCCCAGGAUUACAGGUUUCGAGUCCUCGGCCGGUGGUUGUGCGUCAUCUGCCUGUGGCACGGGUCGUCGCAUGCUCUUCAGGUCAUUCGGGCCCAUUGACGAUGGGCUUUCCAGUGCCAGUGUCUCCGUCGAGCUCCAGGACCCCCGUCUUCCACCACCUCACGCAGCCUGCUGGGUUCCUGAUACCACCGCAUGGGCCUUCAUCCUUGCAGGUACUGCGCACGCGGACGCGGUGA